AUGGGGGCACACGAGCGGCUGCGGGCCUUGAUGGCCAACAACGCCACGGCCAGCGUGGUGAUCCCGGCCAUUGCUGCUCCGCUGGCUUACCUUGCUGUUUAUAUGUUUCGAUAUCCCGUUUAUCUUCUGCACGAUGCCGAUUUCGGUGGUACUUGGACCGAUGUCAAGACCUACGUAUCUAUUGCCAGCGUGCUUGGCAUGGCGCUUGCAAAGUAUCCGGCUAUUCUGGUCAUCAGCACCCUGAAUCCCAGUCAACGCUGGCUGUUUGGUGGCUUUCUCACCUACUUUGAGGGGCGUCAGAGCUCUGAGAUCCUCAACGCUGCCCUCAAUGGUGUCGUAGUCUUUGGCAGUGCUGCGGCCCGUGCAAUUGGCACCAGCGUUCUUCAAUACGUAGCCCCUAGCGCCAUGCCUUUGCUCGUUGUCAUCUUCUUUGCCCCCCUCUACAUCAGCAUGCUUUACGUGCUUGAUGCCAUUCCUCCACCAUCUCGCGCCGACGAGGAGGCUCGAACCAUGCGCCGGGCCAUGCCCGCAGCAGAGCGCAGCCGUUUUCUUCGGCGUUACGGACUGGGGCUGGCCCCCGUCUUUUUAUUUUAUAUGCUCCUCUUGAGCUUUCGAUCCUAUCGCGACUUUUUUGCAGUGGACAUUUACUCCCAUCUCCUUGGUCGAGCUCCCACGAGCAGCGACUACAUCUUGGCGGAUUGGCCAGGAAUGGGAACAUUGUUGGCACUGGUGCCUUUUAGCGGAGCGCUGUUUGAUCGCCUGAUUGCCGCCACUGGCACACCGGGCACCUCCAUUUUUCUCGUCUUUCUGGGCGACGGCUUGGCCUAUGUAAGCACACUAGCUACACUAGCGAGCCGACUCGGCGUCCGCAAUCACGAAAACGAAGGGCACACCUUUGUCCUUGUCGCCAUGUCGAUCAUGCCCGUGAUUGCUGGUCUUGCCCUACUUGCCAUGCUGGCCUUUGGGUGGCUGCUUCGUCGACGGCACAACGAGGCCGGCUACAUCCCCGUGCGCCAGGCAGACGAUGAUUUUGGGGCAGAUUGCCACGAUGCAGGGGAUGACAUUCAGGAGCGUGUGGAGCGCAUUGAGCUCGGGAACUUGGGCGAGCCCGUUCCGGGGCGGACUCCAGGCACCGGGGAAGACGCCGAGCUCAAAAUUCGUGCGUCGGCACACGUCCGGCAACACGUGCGCCGCAGCAGUGCUUCUGCUCCCAUCAGCACGUCUGAAAGUCGGUUGUGA